CGAAGCGUUCAUUUCCAGCUUCCCUUUGUCGUGUCAAAUCCCAGACGUUGUCGGUUGAGGCUUACAAAAGAUGUCGACCCAAGGCGAACCAUUCUACCUCCGUUACUACUCAGGUCACUCUGGGCGGUUCGGACAUGAGUUUCUAGAGUUCGACUUCCGUACCCUUGGCGAUGGCCGCAGUGCUGCCGUGCGAUAUGCGAACAACUCCAACUACCGCAAUGAUUCUCUGAUUCGGAAAGAAAUGUGCGUGAGCGCGUCGAUGAUUCAAGAGGUGAAGCGCAUUAUCAAGGAGAGUGAGAUCAUGAAGGAGGAUGACUCCAAAUGGCCCCAGAAGAACAAGGAUGGACGUCAGGAACUUGAAAUUCGGCUUGGGAACGAGCAUAUUUCCUUUGAGACUGCGAAAAUCGGCUCAUUGGUGGAUGUGACUGAAUCUGCGGACCCGGAAGGCCUGCGAGUGUUCUACUAUCUCGUCCAGGACCUCAAGGCCCUCAUCUUCUCGCUGAUUUCGCUCCAUUUCAAGAUCAAACCUAUCUAAAUGGUGAUGGUUGUGGGAAUAUGAAAUGAAAUGGUUCACUUUCUGGGAUGA